AUGGAGUUGGUGACCGGUGUCAUGGGAAGACUACUCCUUAAGCUGGGCGAGCUGCUCGCGAGUGAGUACAAGCUACAGAAGGGCGUCAAUGAAGACAUUGAGUCCCUCAAAAAAGAGAUGGAGAGCAUUCACAUUGCCCUUAUAAAGGUGGCCGAGGUACCACGGGACCGGCUUAAUGUGCAGUUCAAGAAAUGGGCAGAUGAACUGAGGGAGCUGUCGUACGACAUGGAGGACGUCGUUGACAACUUCCCGGUGUGCGUCGAGGGAUCUGAUCCAGCACCCAACUCCAACAAGCUCAAAUGGCUAAUGGAGAAGAUGACCGGCUAUUUCACCAAAGCCAACGGUCGCCAUCAGAUCGCCAAUGACAUUAAGGCUCUCAAGAAACUUGCCGAAGAGGUGGCUGCCCGGCGUGCCAGAUGCCAAGUCGGCGGUGCUGUUGUCAAUCCACCUAGCAGAUCCAAGGUUGACCCUCGUAUGCUGGCUUUGUAG